AUACAGUAUAGUGUAGUAACAGUAUGGAUAAAGGAUAUGAUAUAAAAUUAUCUUACAAGACACUACUACGUUUACGAAAAUUCCAGUCUACCAUUUCUUCGAGUACAUUUUUCAAAUAUCGCCUGAAACAAACAUUCUCGUUUACCAUUACGUGGAUCGAUUCCAAAAUAAAAACCGAGGAACUGGAAACCUUGGAAACUCGUCAACUCUUCUGUACGAUCGAACGCGUGAGAAGACGAACUUCUAAUCAGCGAAGGAGCGAGUAAUCGCGAGGUGACGGGUAGAGCGAACGGCGGCGAACGAGAAGAAGGGCGAGAGAAAGAGAUCAGAGUGGCGGCGAGCGACGACGAGGCAAAGUGGAAGAAGAGGAUGAACGAGGAAGAAGGAAAGAAGUUGGACACAGGAGGCAGAGGAAGAAGCUGGUUGAAGCGAGAGGGAACGGCGUGGAAUCAGGGAGGCAGCCUCGGCUGGUUGGCAGAAGAUCGCCAAGGUGCAGGCCCGAGGAAACGCGACGAAAGAAAGAAAUAAGAGAGUCCAGAAGGCUGUUAGGUGGAAGAAAUGGCGAGGAGCAGGAGAGCGGCGGAUAAAAGGAUAUGGUAGGGCGUGGAAGCGGGAAGAUGGUAGGGAACUAGAAGAGGAUGGACACGAGCGAGCAGAACGCGCGAAGGAGAAGGAAAGGGCACAGGGAGCGACAGGUGCCCAAUCGCCCACGUGGGUUCUCUCUUUACGGUGCUGCAGCGACGGUAGAAGGGUGAAGAAGACGACGAUGACGACGACGAGGACGACGAGCCGGCUUCCUUGUAAUGGUGAAGCAGCCGAUACUCGUUCUAUACACCAAGUGCACUCGCCACAGGAUGAACAUAGUGGGGCAAAGAGAUCCAUUGGCGUGUAUACCGUUUGGCUACUCUUAUCUCUAACGAGUCUUGGUCGUAUACUUGUUCCUUAUGUGAAACGAGAACAGAGAACAACAUUACGCGAGAUACGAAGACAGUGGAGUCGUUGGAGAUAAAUAGUCGAACGAAGAGGUCGAACGAAAAUGAAAGAAGAAGCGGAAAUCGGUAAAAGAACGGUGAAGAGAAGAUCGGCAAGAGAGGGCGAAGUACGGCGUCAAAGGAUACUAGCAGAGGGCUACGCCACUGAAAAAGUCUGCAGCGGGCCAUGUACUGUGGCCAUGUGAGUGGGAAAAGAGGUAAGGAAGGGGAAGGGCUACCCAUUCGGUAGCAAAUGCUGGUAACCCGUCGCAAGGUCAAGAUCAGUCGGUUAAUCCUAUCCAGUCAGCCGAGGCCCUUGCACCUUGGAGGACGAACGACCCUCACGCUCGCAACUGAAAUUUCACUUUGCGAUCGUCGCACGCCGCACUUGCUCGAUUUGCUCCAAUUUUUGAAAUUGCUCGAUCCCCCCGCCCGCAGGGUAUAUCGAUCGAUCGUGUUCCUCAUUUAGAUCUAAGUCGGGAGCGGACACGAAAACGACGUACGACCGGGGAACACGGGACAGUUUCGAGUGCGCUCCACACACAGUGUCUCUCUGUACUUGUAUUAAAAAAAACGAUUCGAGUGCGUUUCAACGUCGUGGUGGCUUUUCACGAAAAUAAUUAACAUCGUUCCCCUCGAAUUCAGAACGUUGCUUUCGCCACCCUCUUCCAUCGAUCUCGAGUUACCAUUUCUCUUGCCGAAAACCACAUCUCUGGCAGAGACUGUUAAAAGAAAAAGAGAAAAGGACAUCGACGUUUGGUCAUUUUGCACGAUCGUCUGGUAACAAGCGUUCGAUAAAAAAGAAAGAAUCGAGGAUCUUGUCGUUGUGUGGGAAAAAGUGUUUACAACAGUGGAGACAACGGUAGCUGUGAUUUUCCCCAAGCUACCCUUUGCGGGCCCUUUGUUAUGGAAACCUGCGUUCUGAUACCCAAAGAAUUUUCCUUGGCACUAGCGAAUGAUCGAUCGAACUACAAGGGCCUCUUCAAGAAUGAUUCAGGCGGUUUAGUUACGGACGUCAGGAUAUCCGUAUGGUCGAACGUGCUUAUUCCGGCAGGGACGUUGAUCUACCCCUUUCAGGGCUCCAUUCGAUUCGACAAGAUCGACCUUUACUCCCUUCUCGAUGACAACGAUAUCAGACGCGAAUACGGCUGCUACGAUGAAGUCUUCUUUUCGAAUUACAGUCUUAACAAGCGCCAGUGCAAUUGGAUAAGAUUCCUCCGUAUAGUUCAGUCUUACGACGAACAAGUAAACUUAAUCGGUACCAAAGUGAAAGGGGAUCCAAUCUUCGAAGUAAUAAAAGAUGUCCAACCGGAUACAGAAUUAGUGGCUUGGUUUCUUCCUACGGCAGAACAAGAUUUCGUCUUUAUAUCGCGCGACAUGUGUUCGAGGUCUGCUCUGUACAGAUGCACCAUUGACUCCAUUCUAGAUGAAUCCCCAUUAGACUUAUCCAUGGCGUUGCUUUCUCAUCAUUCGUCAUCGACAAUUUCACAUCCGUACUACGAGGUAGACGAAUACGAGUCUACGUCUGAAGAAUCCUCGUCAUCGACGUUAUCCUUGACAGGGGAUCAUUUAGAUUGCAGUAUUUUAACGACGAUUAAGAGAGGAGAAAGGGUUCUGUUGCCGUGCGAAGUCUGCGGGAAAUCCUUUGACCGACCUUCCCUUUUAAAACGUCACAUGAGAACGCAUACAGGAGAGAAACCGCAUGUUUGUAUGGUGUGCAACAAGGGUUUCUCAACGUCGAGCUCGUUGAAUACGCACAAGCGAAUCCACAGUGGUGAAAAACCUCAUCAGUGUCUCGUUUGCGGUAAGAAGUUUACGGCCUCUUCCAACCUCUACUAUCAUCGUAUGACUCACAUCAAGGAGAAGCCACACAAGUGUUCACAAUGCUCCAAGUCGUUCCCAACACCGGGAGAUCUUAAGAGUCAUAUGUACGUGCAUAAUGGGCUAUGGCCAUUCAGGUGCCAUAUUUGUAGCCGUGGUUUCAGUAAACCAACUAAUCUUAAAAACCACAUGCUGCUACAUCUUGGCAGGUGUUCGAACAAGAAGAUUGUCAAAUCCAUUUCCGACUACUGACCAAUCGAUAACGGCCCCCUCGAUAAUUUAGAAAAUCCAUCGAGAAAUCUAUACGUAUUUUGUUAUACUAUUGUACGAGAUAGAAAUGAAAGUUACUCGUCUAAACGUCUCUCCCUAUUUAUAUCGCUGUUUAAAGAAACACGUACGCAAAGUUUGCGCACAAUACAGUUUGACGCACAAUUACACUUUAAUCUUAUUGUUAGUAACGUUUUCAAUUGCUCAUUACAUUCAGGUAAAAUUAGUAUGUAAGUACGUAGUGUUAUC